AUGGACAACUUGAGGUAUCACAACAGUCACGCUCACCACCUUAGGCAUCAGCAGCAUAAUUCGGUGCCGAACAGUCCCAACGAGUCGGACCUGGGUCACAAAUCUGGCGGAAGAUCCGGACCCAACUCGGCCACUACUUCCCCAAUCUGUGCCAAUAAGAGGGAUCAGCAUCUGCCUGCCGAUCCUUACAACUACGUCAGAACGAGUAGAUCAGAGGACCAACUUCAAGGACAAAAUGACUUAUGCAGCGUCAGUGUAGCUAACUCUGAAGCUGAUGAAGAUGUGACCAGCUCACUCAAUACUCUUCUAGAUACGCGACCUGAUUCGUCCGGUUGUACUAGUGAUAGUGAUCGAAUAGUGUGGACAUACAACGCCCCAAUCUCAGAUCAUCAUAAGUUCAUCCAUACUCUUUCGAAUGGUAGCAGUUCUUCGCAUAGCAACAUCUCUCCGACUUCCUCCAGUCCGAUACAUUCUGGUUCCCCCGCCUCCCCAACGUCAGUGUCUUCCUCCGUUAUGUCUAGCCAAUCGGGUUCGAGAAGAGUUCCGUUCAGUCUCACGAAUGGCCCCGGCGGACAGCCUUUUGGAGAGUUUAGUAUGUCGGAAGCAGUGUCGAAUAUCUCCAGCCCGGACUAUCGUGAUGAUGACAGUGUUGGGAUCAGAGACUGUGUUAUGGAAAUUAGUGAUCAUAGUGAUAGUGACAGUACUUUGUUAGUAUCGGAACCAAAACAAAGACAUGUGAGGGUACAUGGAAGUUCGACGACAAAUGCCAAUUCAGAAAAUAGUGAUUAUCGUAUUGUGAUACAGGUUAAAGGACCUGAGAAAGACAGGGCGCGGCAGAGUGAUAGUUCCUCAACUCUCAAAAGUGAGACUUAUGGAUACCAGAUUUCAUGUGACGGUCCUCCGGAAAUUGAAUACGAAGAAGAUGCUUUCCAUGAGGGUGCUAAUAGAUCAUCACCUUUAUCUUCGGAGGACGAGAGCGAUGUUGAAAGCCUACACAGCUUUCACUAUUCACCCAAAGCCGUUGACAUGCCAUCAGCUAUCAGGUUAGCCAAGAGAUUAUAUGGUCUUGAAGGAUUCAAGAAGUCUGAUGUUUCCAGGCAUCUCAGUAAAAAUAAUGAUUUUAGCCGAGCUGUUGCAGAGGAGUACCUGAAAUAUUUCAAUUUCGAAAAAGAUACUCUGGAUAUAGCUCUAAGAAAAUUCCUUAAACAGUUUUCACUCACUGGAGAGACGCAAGAAAGGGAAAGAGUUCUGGUUCAUUUCUCCAAAAGGUAUUUGGACUGCAAUAUGGGAUCAUUCAAUUCUCAAGUUUUGUGGUUAACUUUCCUAAGAUUCGCCGGGCAGUACGAACUACUAGACGGUUCUUUUGUGGUCCAGGGGGCUUAG